CCCGCCUCGCACAUAUACCACCAGUGUUCUGGACAUCUGCUGACCGAACCCCGCGCUCGCUACGCACCAUCUCAUAGAGCGCGUGAACUGUGCCUGUCUCAAUACUCUGUGCUCUAGCAACCACGCCUGUCAUCGAUUUCUCCGCGACGGCAACCUCGCGCUCCGUAUAUAAGCCCAGCCAUCCAGGAUCAUGACCACACCGCAGGCGAGCUUUCUCCCGGCUUCUCAGUCCUCAAAGAAUGCUGUCAAAAACUUGCGCUAUUGGGGCUCUUCUGUCCUCGGCGAUAGCUCACCCAGCGUCGCGAGCUGCACCAGCAUCCUACGCCGUAUGGGGUGCAGAAUCGGCCAUCGCGCGAGGCCAAGGACACGGACUCGACUCCGACGGAGCCGUCGAAUUGUCGUACGAGCACGGCGAACUGCAAUGGGCCUUGCGACUGCUUUACGAAGCAACAGGCAACGAGACGUACUACGAUUACAUCGUCUCCGGCGCGUCAAACGUCGUGGACGAUGAUGGGUCGGUCCUUGAUUACAAGCCAGAGGAGAACCAACUCGACUCCAUCCGCGUCGGGCCGACUUUCUUGUACUUAUACGAGAAGACCGGUGACGAGAAGUGGAAGACCGCCGCAGAUGUCUUCCGCGCCCAGCUCGACGUCCACCCUCGCACCGCCGAAGGCCAGUUCUGGCACAAGACGCGGUACCCAGAGCAAGGCUGGCUCGACGGCAUCUACAUGGGCGACAUCUUCUAUGCGCAGUACACCGCGCAGAUCGAACCUGACAACACCACCGCUUGGGACGACAUUACCCUCCAAUUCGCCCUCAUGUACAACAACACCCUCCAAAUCACCGCGGCCAACAACACCAACAUCGGCCUGCUCUACCACGGCUACGACUACUCCAAAGCACAGCCCUGGGCGUCCGCGGACCGCGGGCACUCGCCCGAGAUCUGGGACCGCGCGCUGGGGUGGUACAUGAUGUCGCUCGUCGACGCGCUGGACAUCGUGCCCUCCGACAGCGAGGCGCACGACCUCCUUUUGACCCAGCUGAAUGACUUGACAUCUAAACUCAUCGAGGCGGCGGACCCCGACUCUGGCGUCUGGUGGCUCGUGAUGAGCCAGCCGGGGCGGGAGGGGAACUACUUCGAGAGCAGCGGGAGCGCGAUGUUCGUGUAUGCGUUGUUGAAGGGGGUGAGGGAGGGAUACGUAUCCGAUAGCGAUGGGGAGAUCGUCGCCGCAGCGAAGAAGGCGUACGAGUACAUGGUCGACAACUGGGUCGUGGACGCCGGGGAUGGGACGAUGGACUGGGAGGCGACGGUGUCGGUGGGGAGUCUGAGUGGGGCGGGGGAUUAUGAGUACUACAUCAGCGUGGAUACGGUUGAGAAUGAUCUCAAGGGUUUGGCGGCAUUCAUAUUAGCCAGCAUCGAGUAUGAGCAGCUUUGAGGCCUUCGGGUGCUUCGGAGUCGCGACUCGCGAUGUACAUGAUGAAAUGCUGAAAUAUGAUUAUUAUGAAGCUCUCGAGAGC